AUGUCUGGGAAACCCAAGCUGCACUACUUCAAUGGACGAGGCCGGAUGGAAUCAAUACGGUGGCUACUAGCAGCAGCCGGGGUUGAGUUUGAAGAAUGUUUUCUGGAAACAAAGGAUGAUCUAACAAAGUUACAGAAGGACGGAUCCCUGCUGUUUCAGCAAGUGCCCAUGGUGGAGAUCGACGGGAUGAAGAUGGUGCAGAGCAGAGCCAUUGGCAACUACAUAGCAGCAAAAUACAACCUCUAUGGGAAGGACCUGAAGGAGAGAGCCCUAAUUGAUAUGUACGUGGAAGCAGUAAUAGAUCUGAACGAGGUACUCAUGACCCACCUUUUCCAACCAGCCGAUAAAAAGGAGCAACAUUUUGCUACUAUUGUGGACAAGGCCACAAACAGAUACUUCCCAGUCUAUGAGAAGGUUUUGAAAGACCAUGGACAAGACUUUCUUGUUGGCAACCAGUUUAGCAGGGCAGAUGUGCAAUUACUCGAAACCCUUUUAAUGGCAGAAGAGUGCAAGCCUGAUAUACUUGCCAAAUUUCCUCUCUUGCAGAGUUUUAAAGCAAGAAUAAGCAAUAUCCCCACAAUAAAGAAAUUUCUGCAGCCUGGCAGCCAGAGGAAACCACCACUAGAAGAAAAAGAUGUCCCAAAAGUGAUGAAAAUUUUCUACUGAGCAGCAACUUAAACCCACAGAAA